AUGAUAAAUCAUUUAUUUAAUGCAGGAGACGACGCCAGUAAUAAUGUCGGCACUACUCCUUGUCCCUCAAGAAGCUUCACUCCAGAGCCAAUAGUUGCGUCAUUUCAGCGGGCGGCUCGUGAGGGAAUACAUAGAACUGUCCACGCCGGAGAAAAUAGCCCAGCCUCAGCUGUCCUGGAGGCUAUCGAAGAGAUGCAGGCAGAGAGAAUUGGUCACGGAUAUUCGGGCCUACUGGAUAAUCAGGUGUAUCAAGCAAUUCUACUUCAGUCGAAACCCGGCAUACACUUCGAGGCAUGCGAUAUAUGUUCGUUUUUUUAA